CAGUCAGGGCAGGAAGCGGGGAGGGGCAGGAGGGCCAGGGCCUCCGGAAAACCGGCCCAGCUCCGUUUCCUGCCCCGCCGGAGCCAGGAAACCCAAGCCGGGACCCACGGCCCGGGAUCCCCAUACCCCUGUACCCCCAAGACCUUUGGGGAUCUCCCCGGCCUAAGCCCAGGAAUGUGUGAGUAACCCAGGCGUCUGGGCUCCCAGCACGGCCUGGGCCUCAGCGUGGCCCCGUCUCUUCCCACAGCCUCAGCUCAGCAUGGAGAUGGAAGAUGCAGCCCGAGGGGCCCCUGGCCCGACCCGGCCAGCCCCGGUCAGCAUCAUCGGAGCCGAAGAUGAGGACUUUGAGAAUGAGCUGGAGGCGCACCCGGAGGAGCGGAGCAGCGAGUUCCAGAGCCUGGAGCAGGUGAAGCGGCGCCCGGCCCACCUCAUGGCCUUCCUGCACCAUGUGGCUUUGCAGUUUGAGCCGGGGCCCCUGCUGUGCUGCCUUCAUGCGGACAUGCUGACCAUGCUGGGCUCCAAGGAGGCCAAGAAAGGCUUUCAGGACUUUUACCACAACUUCCUGGAGAAGACUGCGGUCCUGCGUGUGCCCGUGCCCUCCUCCGUGUCCUUUGAGCUUGACCGCACACGCCCAGAAUUGCUUCCUGAGGAUGUGCAGCGGCGAUUCGUGCAGGAGGUGGUCCAGGCCCAGCAGAGCGCAAUCUGCCGGCAGCUCGAGGACUUCCGGUCCAAGCGGCUCAUGGGCAUGACUCCUGGGGAGCCGGAGCUGUCCCAGCUGGAAGCCUGGGCGGCCCGGGACCGUGUCAGCUUUGAGGGCCGGGAGCGCCUUGUGGCUGAGAGGCUCCUGACCCGCCUGGAGGACAUUCACCCGACCAUCUCCACAGAUGAGGAAAAGAGUGUGGCCAUCGUGAGCGCCAUCAGCUCCUACAUGCGAUACCUCGGCGUCCGGACCAAGGGCAGCGACAAGAAGGCCCGGGGGAACUUCUUCCGCAAAAAGAACCGACGGGCAGACGAUGCCCCCAAGUCCAAGAAAGGCCUCAGCAGCAUCCUCGAUGCAGCCCGAUGGAACAGGGGGGAGGCACAAGCUCCUGACAGCCGACACCCUAAAGCUGAGAGUGAUGGUGAGAAGCCGGGGCUCCCCGAGCGGAAGACCAUCCAUGUGACCCCCCCAAGGGGGGUCGUCGGGCCCCCCGGGCUGGAUGCUCCUGGUGUCACUGUGCAUCCCCCUCCAGGUGAAAGCCCCGACAAGGAGCCAGGGACUGACCCACCCCAAGAAGUGGGGGACCCGCCGCCCCAAGGCCCAUCAAACUCUGAGACCCCUGUCCUCCCAGAGAGCAACCCAGAGGAUGGGGGUGACACUGAGAGCCCCGAGCCAGGUGAUGACGGGGAGCCAGGCCGUGCAGGGCUCGAGCUAGAACCCGAGGAGCCCCUGAGCUGGCGGGAGCUGGUCCCCCCUGACACCUUGAAUGGGAUGCAGAAGAACCAGGUGAAACGGCAGGAAGUGAUCAGUGAGCUGCUGGUGACAGAGGCCGCCCAUGUGAGGAUGCUUCGGGUCCUGCAUGACCUCUUCUACCAGCCCAUGGCCGACGGUGGCUUCUUCACCAUGGCUGAACUACAGAACAUCUUCCCCAGCCUGGAUGAGCUGAUCGAUGUGCACUCUCUGUUCCUAGAGAGUCUGAUGAAGCUACGGCAGGAGAGCGGUCAUCUUAUUGAGGACAUCGGGGACGUGCUGCUAGCCAGGUUCCAUGGGCCUGAGGGCGCCUGGUUCCAGAAGAUAUCUUCUCGCUUCUGUAGUCGCCAGUCGUUUGCUCUGGAGCAGCUCAAGGCCAAGCAGCGCAAAGACCCUCGAUUCUGUGCUUUUGUGCAGGAAGCAGAGAGCAGGCCCCUGUGCCGGCGGCUCCAGCUCAAAGACAUGAUCCCCACCGAGAUGCAACGCCUCACAAAGUACCCUCUGCUCCUGCAGAGCAUCUGGCAGAACACAGAGGAAGAAGAGGAGAAGAAGAAGGUGGAGCAGGCGGCCGAGUGCUGUAAAGACAUUCUGCAUCAUGUGAAUCAGUCUGUGAGGGACAUGGAGGACUUCCUGCGGCUCAAGGACUAUCAGCGCCGGCUGGACCUGUCCCAACUCCGGCAGAGCAAUGACCCCAUGCUGAGUGAGUUCAAGAACCUGGACAUCACCAAGAAGAGGCUGGUGCAUGAAGGGACCCUGACCUGGAGAGUGACCAAGGACAAGGCCGUGGAGGUGCACGUGCUCCUGCUGGACGACCUCCUGCUCCUGCUGCAGCGGCAGGACGAGCGGCUGAUACUCAAGUCCCACAGCCGGACGCUGACCCCGACCCCCGACGGCAAGACCAUGCUUCGGCCUGUGCUGAGGCUCACCUCCGCCAUGACCCGGGAGGUGGCCACUGACCACCGAGCCUUCUACGUCAUCUUUACCUGGGACCAGGAGGCCCACAUCUACGAGCUGGUGGCCCAGACCGUGUCCGAGAGGAAGAACUGGUGCACCCUCAUCACUGACACCGCCGGCUCUCUGAAGGUCCCGGCACCCCCCGGGCGGCCCCGGCCCCGGCCCAGCCCCACCAGUGCCCGGGAGCCCUUAAACAGCAUCUCGGAAAACGGCGGCAGCGGCAGCGGCAGCGGCAGCGGCAGCGGCAGAGACGCCCCCCAGCAGGAAGCCAGCCGUUCGGACCGCAUCCUCAGCGACCUCCUGCCCUUCUCGUGCCCCGGCCCGGAGGGGCAGCUGGCAACGGCUGCCCUUCAGGAAGUUCAGUCCCUUAAGCGAAUCCUGCUCCCGCCUGAGGAGAACGGGAGCGGGCCCCGCCCAGAGGGUGACGGGGUGCCGGGGGCUGCCCUGGGCCCAGCGGCGAUGCCGGAGCUCCGGGAGCGGCUCCUGAACUUGGAGGAGAACGUGAAGAAGCUGGAGGAAGUAGAGGAAGAGUUGUGCCGGCUCCGCUUGGUCCUCUCCCAGCUCCAAGCGGGCAGCCCCACGCAGUCCGGCUGCUCCUGAGGGCCCCCCUCCGAAGGCUCUCUUCUAGGGAGGACGAGAGACGGGCAGAUGCCAGGUCAGCCGCGACCUCCAUCUUCGGGAGGGAAGGACGGCUGCAGAGGAGAGGCGGGGGGCCCCGAGGCCGGGGCCCGGACACUCGUCUCCCCCCACCUGGACGCGUCCCGGGGGGCUGCCUGCCCGAGGCCGCCCUCCUGCAGUGCCUUAGCUGUCGCGCAGCGUUUUCUAUAUCGAGGUUUAUUUUUAAUAUAUACGUGUUUGUCUGUA